UCUGUCUCACUUCGUGUCCCCUCCCCUCCCUGAAACGGGGCAAUUCCUUCACUUUUCUCAUUUUCUCACAAGGCUGUAUAGUUCAAUAAUUCCGCUCAGGAGCGCACAUAUCCUGUCUCAAAUUGCUGGGCUCCUCGACGCGGAGGCACUCCGACUGCUGCAAGCCCCGACCCUGGAGUGCACACCAAAAGUUGUUUUGGAUCCAGAUCUUGAUCCUGGUGCUUAGUUGGGGCCUGCACGGUGAACUCGGAGUCUGAGCCGGAGUGAGAGGGGAUUCAACUGGAGGGAUAGUGAGGACGACCAAUGGGAUCAGGGAAGCUGGCUCAGGCGCUGCUUGGAUGGGCGGCGGUGUGCCUCGGGGUGGUUCACGUUGUUGGUGAGCAGAAUGGGAAUGGACCAUACCAAGCUAGCCCCUUCACGGGGACGGUGGACCAGAGAGAAGUGCAGCGGGUUCGGCGCAGAGGCCAGGAGACGCUGAGAGGACCCAAUGUGUGUGGCUCUCGCUACCAUUCAUACUGCUGCCCAGGAUGGAAGACUCUGUCUGGAGGGAACCAAUGUAUUGUUCCAAUCUGCAGGAAUUCAUGCGGUGAUGGCUUCUGUUCCAGACCCAACAUGUGUACCUGUUCCAAUGGCCAGCUCUCUCCCAGCUGUGGAGCCGGAGUGGGAAUCCAGUCGUGUAAUGUCAGGUGUAUGAACGGAGGCAGCUGUCAAGAGGACUCCUGCUCCUGUACCAAGGGAUACACAGGAAGUCACUGUGGACAACCUGUGUGUGAAAAUGGCUGCCAGAAUGGCGGGCGCUGCAUUGGACCCAACAGAUGUGCUUGUGUCUACGGAUUCACUGGCCCACAAUGCGAGAGAGACUACAGAACCGGACCAUGUUUCACCCAGGUGAACAACCAGAUGUGCCAGGGCCAGCUCAGUGGGAUUGUCUGCACCAAAACUCUUUGCUGUGCCACGAUUGGCCGAGCGUGGGGCCACCCCUGUGAGCAGUGUCCUGCCCAGCCGCACCCCUGCAGACGAGGCUUCAUCCCCAACAUCCGCACCGGAGCCUGCCAAGAUGUGGAUGAGUGCCAGGCGGUUCCAGGUCUGUGUGCCGGAGGAAACUGCAUCAACACAGUUGGAUCCUACGAAUGCAAAUGCCCCGCUGGCCACCGUCAGAGUGAAACCAGCCACAAAUGUGAAGAUAUCGAUGAAUGCAGCACCAUUCCUGGUGCGUGCGAUGGCGGAGAGUGCACCAACACCGCCGGUAGUUAUGUCUGCACCUGUCCACGAGGCUACAUCUCUACCACCGAUGGAUCCAGAUGUGUGGAUCAGCGUGUGGGCACCUGUUUCUCUGAAAUUGCUAACGGCCGCUGUGCUGCACAGCUGAACCGCCAGUACACCAAGAUGCAAUGCUGCUGUGAGACGGGUCGCUGCUGGGCGUUGGGUCAGAUCCCGGAGAUGUGUCCUGUCAGAGGUUCUGAUGAGUACAGGCAUCUGUGUAUUGUUGGAGUUCCACAAGGCCUCCCUCACAGCUUCCCCAGUAGUUACUUCCCCAGCAAUGGCAACAUUGGAUUCCAGCUCCCCCCAGGUGUACCUAAUGGGAACGGUAAUGGUAGAACUGGUGGCAAUGGAGGGGAGGGCAUCGGAGAGAAUGGUGGGGCCUUCAGAGGCAAUGGAGGGACCUUUGGAGGAAACGGAGGGACGUUCGGUGGAAAUGGUGGGACCUUUGGAGGAAAUGGUGGGACUUUUGGGAGCAAUGGGGGGACUUUUGGAGGCAAUGGAGGAGGACUCACCAUAGGGGCUGUUUCUCAGAAUGAAACCAUUGAUUUUUGCAAACACUUCACCCACCUGUGUUUGAACGGCCGCUGUAUUCCAUUACAUGGAAGCUACCGCUGUGAGUGCAACAUGGGCUACAAGCAGGACGUUCGUGGGGAGUGUAUCGAUGUAGAUGAGUGUGUGAGUAACCCGUGUAUCAACGGAGACUGUGUCAACACCCCUGGAUCUUACCACUGCAAGUGUCAUGAGGGAUACCAGGGAACCCCCACCAAACAAGCCUGCAUCGAUAUUGACGAGUGUAUUGUGAACGGAGUGAUGUGUCGCAACGGCCGCUGUGUCAACACGGAGGGCAGCUUUCAGUGUAUCUGUAACGCUGGCUUUGAGCUCACUCCAGAUGGAAAGAACUGCAUUGAUCACGAUGAGUGUGCCACUACUAACAUGUGUCUCAACGGCAUGUGUAUCAACGAGGACGGCAGCUUUAAGUGCAUUUGCAAACCUGGCUUUGCGUUAGCUCCUAACGGACGUUACUGCACUGACAUCGAUGAGUGUCAGACCCCUGGUAUCUGUAUGAAUGGGCGCUGCAUCAACUCAGAGGGCUCGUUCCGCUGUGAGUGCCCGCCAGGCCUGGCUGUUGAUGUGGACGGGCGAGUGUGUGUGGACACACACAUGAGAACCACCUGCUACGGUGCCAUAAAAAUGGGGACGUGCUCUCGUCCUUUCCCGGGGGCUGUGACCAAGUCUGAGUGCUGCUGUGCGAAUCCUGAACAUGGUUUUGGGGAGCCCUGCCAACCCUGCCCAUCCAGAAACUCUGCUGAGUUUCAGGCUGUUUGCAGCAGUGGAAUUGGAAUCACAACUGAUGGAAGAGACAUCAACGAGUGUGCCUUGGACCCAGACAUUUGCCAGAAUGGUAUUUGCGAGAACCUCAGAGGAAGCUACCGCUGUAUCUGCAACAUCGGUUACGAGUCAGACACAAGUGGCAAGAACUGCGUUGACAUCAACGAGUGUUUGGUGAACCGGCUGCUCUGUGACAACGGUCUGUGCAGAAACACUCCCGGCUCCUAUACAUGUUCCUGUCCUAAAGGGUUUGUCUUCAAACCCGACUCGGAGACAUGUGAAGAUAUAAACGAAUGCGAGUCCAGCCCAUGCAUCAACGGACUGUGUCGUAAUGUAGCUGGUUCAUUCAACUGUGAGUGCGCUCAUGGCAGCAAACUGGACUCUACGAACACCAUCUGCGUUGAUAGCAUGAAGAGCACUUGCUGGCUCACUAUCCAGGACAAUCGCUGUGAGGUCAACAUCAAUGGAGCCACCCUGAAGUCGGAGUGCUGCUCAACACUGGGAGCAGCCUGGGGCAGUCCCUGUGAACCCUGCGAGAUUGAUACUGCUUGUUCUCGAGGAUUUGCUCGCAUGAAAGGCCUCAUCUGUGAAGACAUCAACGAAUGCGAGGUGUUCCCUGGAGUGUGUACGAACGGGCGGUGUGUGAACACACAGGGCUCAUUCCGCUGCGAGUGUGCUGCAGGUUUGACGUUAGACAGCAGCGGUCGCACGUGUGUGGACAUGCGUAGUGAGCAGUGCUACAAGAAGUGGCACGAGGAUGAGUGUGGUGAGCCUCUACCAGGGAGGUACCGUGUGGACAUGUGCUGCUGCGCUGUGGGGGCGGCCUGGGGGGUCGACUGUGAGGAGUGUCCCAAAGAAGGAUCGCCUGAGUUUAACACCAUCUGUCCCAGAGGCAGAGGCUUCGCUAACAGGGGAGAUAUUCUGACUGGCAGGCCCUUCUACAAAGAUGUGAACGAGUGUAAGGUGUUCCAGGGUCUGUGCACGCAUGGAACCUGCAGAAAUACCAUCGGCAGUUUCAAGUGUCGGUGCAACAGCGGCUUCGCUCUCACAGCUGAAGAGAGAAACUGCACAGACAUCGACGAGUGCCGUAUCUCCCCUGACCUGUGUGGACAUGGUGCAUGCGUGAACACUCCCGGCAGCUUCGAGUGUGAGUGCUUCGAAGGCUACGAAAGUGGCUUCAUGAUGAUGAAGAACUGCAUGGACAUUGAUGAGUGUGAGAGGAAUCCCCUGCUGUGUCAUGGAGGAACCUGCCUCAACACAGAUGGAAGUUUUGAGUGUGAAUGUCCCACGGGAUACGUCCUCAGCAACGACGCAUCUGUCUGUGAAGAUAUGAAUGAAUGUCAGCUGAGUGAGAACCUGUGCAAAAAUGGACAGUGUGUCAACAUGCCGGGGACGUACCAGUGCUCCUGUAACACCGGCUACCAGGCUACACCAGACAGACAGAGCUGCGUUGAUAUCGACGAGUGCACCAUCAUGAACGGAGGCUGUGAGACUCACUGCACCAACUCAGACGGGAGCUAUGAGUGUAGCUGCAGUGAGGGUUACGCUCUGAUGCCGGACCUCAGGACCUGCUCUGACAUUGAUGAAUGUGAGGAGACCCCAGGUAUCUGCGAUGGAGGCCAGUGCACCAACAUUCCUGGUGAAUAUCGCUGUCUGUGCUUUGAUGGAUUCAUGGCUUCCAUGGACAUGAGGACCUGUAUCGAUGUGAACGAAUGUGAUUUGAACCCAAACAUCUGUCUCCACGGUGACUGUGAGAACACUAAAGGCUCCUUCAUCUGCCACUGUCAGCUGGGAUACUUUGUCAAAAAAGGAUCUACUGGCUGUACCGACGUUGAUGAGUGUGAGAUCGGAGCUCAUAACUGUGACAUGCAUGCUGCUUGCAUCAACGUGCCUGGAAGCUUCAAAUGUCGCUGUCGAGAUGGCUGGGUGGGAGACGGCAUCAAGUGCAUAGAUUAUGAUGAGUGCUCCUCAGAGGACCACAGCUGUCAUCCCAAUGCAGACUGUGUCAACACGCCAGGGUCCUACAGGUGUGCGUGCAAAGAUGGCUUCAACGGCGAUGGCUUUUCGUGCUUGGACAUGGACGAGUGUGCCGAUAACGUCAAUCUCUGUGAGAACGGCCAGUGUCUGAAUGCUCCUGGAGGCUACCGCUGCGAGUGUGAAAUGGGCUUCACUCCCACUGAGGACAGCAAGGCCUGCCAAGACAUCGAUGAGUGUAAUUUUCAGAACAUCUGUGUGUUUGGAACGUGCCAGAACCUUCCAGGGAUGUUCCGCUGCGUGUGUGACGAAGGCUACGAACUGGACCGCAGCGGAGGGAACUGCACGGACAUCAACGAGUGUGCCGACCAUGUGAACUGUCUCAAUGGACUGUGCUUGAACAUACCAGGCAGCUAUUUGUGUAACUGUCCUGCUGACUUUGAGCUCAACCCCACUGGAGUGGGCUGCGUGGAUACGCGUGUUGGUAACUGUUUCUUGGAUAUUCUUCCUCGUGGCGACGGAGGAAUCUCCUGCAACGCAGAGAUUGGUGUCGGAGUUACUCGUGCUUCCUGUUGCUGCUCUGAUGGAAAAGCUUGGGGGAACCCUUGUGAACUCUGCCCCACAUCCAACUCCUCGGAAUAUAAGACUCUGUGUCCAGGAGGGGAGGGAUUCAGACCCAACCCCAUCACCGUUCUGUUAGAAGAUAUUGAUGAGUGCAUGGAGCUUCCAGGUCUCUGCCAGGGUGGCAACUGUAUCAACACCUUUGGUAGUUUCCAGUGUGAAUGUCCAGCUGGCUACUAUCUGAAUGAAGAGACACGCAUCUGUGAAGAUGUGGAUGAGUGCUCCACUCACAUUGGAAUCUGUGGUCCUGGUACCUGCUUCAACACUCAUGGCAACUACACCUGCGUGUGUCCCCCAGAAUACAUGCAGGUCAACGGAGGAAACAAUUGCAUGGAUAUGAGGAAAAGCGUGUGCUAUCGCAACUUUAACGACACCUGCGAGAACGAGCUGUCGUUCAACAUGACCAAGAAGAUGUGCUGCUGCGCCUACAACGUGGGCAAAGCGUGGAACAAACCGUGCGAGGCCUGUCCUGUUCCGUCCACCACUCAGUACCAGAGCCUCUGUGGUAACCUGGCUCCUGGCUUCAUCAUUGACAUCCACACCGGGAAACCAGUUGAUAUUGAUGAGUGUAGGGAGAUCCCUGGUAUCUGUGCUAACGGAGUGUGCAUCAACCAGAUCGGAAGUUUCCGCUGUGAAUGUCCAAUGGGCUUCAGUUACAACAACAUACUACUGAUUUGUGAAGAUAUUGAUGAGUGUAACAGCGGGGACAACCUGUGCCAGCGCAAUGCAAACUGUAUCAACAUUCCAGGCAGCUACCGCUGCGAGUGCUCACAGGGAUUCAAACUGUCCCCUAGCGGGGCCUGUCUGGAUCGUAACGAGUGCCAGGAGAUUCCCAACGUGUGCAGCCAUGGUCAGUGUAUCGACACACAGGGCAGUUAUCGCUGUCUCUGUCACAACGGCUUCAAAGCCUCCACUGAUCAGACGAUGUGCAUGGACAUUGAUGAGUGUGAGAGACAGCCAUGCGGUAACGGUACCUGUAAAAACACCGUGGGGUCCUACAACUGUCUGUGCUUCCCCGGCUUUGAACUCACUCACAACAACGACUGCAUGGACAUAGAUGAGUGCUUUUCGCUCCAGGGCCAAGUGUGCAGGAAUGGACAUUGUAUCAACGGGCUUGGUUCCUUCCAGUGUCUCUGCCUCGAGGGCUAUGAAAACACACCGGAUGGGAAGAAUUGCAUUGAUAUUAAUGAGUGCAUCAGCCUGCCUGGGACAUGCUCUCCAGGAACCUGUCAGAAUCUGGAUGGAUCCUUCAGAUGUAUUUGCCCUCCUGGCUACGAGGUGCAAAAUGAGCAGUGUUUAGAUAUCAACGAAUGUGAUGUAGAACCAAACAUCUGCCAGUUUGGCACCUGCACCAACACUCCUGGCAGCUUCCAGUGCUCCUGCCAGCCGGGCUUUGUUCUUUCUGACAACAAGCGGCGUUGCUACGACACCAGGGAGAGCUUCUGUUUCACCAAAUUUGAGGCGGGCAAAUGCUCCUUCCCCAAGGCCUUUAAUACCACCAAAGCCAAGUGCUGCUGCAGCAAGAUGCCUGGAGAGGGAUGGGGACUUCCCUGUGAGCUGUGCCCACGAGAGAGCGAUGCUGCCUUUAACACUCUGUGUCCCUAUGGUCAUGGAGCUCUGCCUGGACUGGGCGACACUCGAGAGGAUAUGAACGAGUGUCUGGAUAACCCUGGAAUCUGUCAGAAUGGGAUUUGCAUCAACACAGACGGUUCUUUCCGAUGUGAAUGCCCGUUUGGAUACAACCUGGAUUACACUGGAGUCAACUGUAUCGACACCGAUGAGUGCUCCAUAGGAAACCCGUGUGGAAAUGGAACCUGCAUCAACGUGGUGGGAGGGUUCGACUGUACGUGCCAGGAGGGCUUUGAGCCUGGACCUAUGAUCACAUGUGAAGAUGUCAAUGAGUGCUCCCAGAAUCCUCUGCUUUGUGCUUUCCGUUGCGUCAACACCUUCGGGUCCUACGAGUGUAUGUGUCCUGCUGGUUAUGUGCUGAGAGACGACCAGCGAAUGUGCAGAGAUCAGGACGAGUGCUCAGAGGGACUGGAUGACUGCGACUCUAAAGGCAUGACCUGCAAGAACCUGAUAGGAACCUUCAUGUGCAUCUGCCCUGCUGGCAUGCAACGGCGACCAGAUGGAGAGGGUUGCAUGGACCUGAACGAGUGUCGCGCCAAACCUGGCAUCUGCAAGAACGGUCGCUGUAUCAACACGGGGGGAAGCUACCGCUGCGAGUGCAAUGACGGCUUUGAGCCGAGCUCAACAGAAACUGAAUGUAUUGACAACAGGAAGGGUUUCUGCUACACAGAGGUGCUGCAGACAAUGUGCCAGCAGUCAUCCACCAACAGGAACAGUGUGACCAAGUCAGAAUGCUGCUGUAAUGUGGGUCGAGGCUGGGGAUCACAGUGUGAACUGUGCCCACUCCCCGGUACCGUACAGUACAAGAAGAUGUGCCCACUUGGACCAGGCUACACCACAGAUGGUCGAGACAUCAACGAGUGCCAAGUGAUGCCAGAUCUGUGCCGAAAUGGUCAGUGCAUCAACACCAUCGGAUCCUUCCGCUGCCACUGUAACGUGGGAUACAAGGCCGACUUCACUGCAACCUCCUGCGUCGAUAUGGAUGAGUGCUCGUUGUCUCCAAAGCCCUGUAAUUUCUUGUGUAAGAACACAGAAGGCAGCUACGUGUGCUCCUGCCCCCGAGGAUACAUCCUGCAGCCAGACGGAAAGACCUGCAAAGAUCUGGAUGAGUGUGCAACAAAGCAGCACAACUGCCAGUUCCUCUGUGUUAACACCAUCGGAGGUUACAACUGCAAGUGUCCUGCUGGCUUCACUCAGCAUCAGACUGCCUGCAUUGAUAAUAAUGAGUGUGCAGCCCAGAACAGUGCUUGUGGUUCUCGGGCGUCAUGUGUAAACACUCCUGGAAGCUUCAACUGUGAAUGCUCGAAAGGUUUCUCCUUGGACAGCUCGGGCAUGGAGUGUGAGGAUGUUGAUGAGUGUGGUGGGAACCACCGCUGUCAGCACGGCUGUCAGAACAUGCUGGGAGGCUUCCGCUGUGGCUGCCCUCAGGGUUACGUCCAGCACUACCAGUGGAACCAGUGCGUGGAUGAGAAUGAGUGCCAGGGCGGGACGGUUUGUGGCUCAGCUUCCUGCUACAACACGCUGGGCAGCUUCAAGUGUGUGUGUCCGUCCGGCUUUGACUUUGAACAGAACAGUGGUGGCUGCCAGGAUGUGAAUGAAUGUAUGACAGGCACUAACCCCUGCAUCUAUGGCUGCUCCAACACUGAUGGAGGCUACCUGUGCGGCUGCCCUGGAGGUUUCUUCAGAGCAGGACAGGGUCACUGUAUAACAGGCUCAGGUUUCCCAGGCCAGCUUGUGGAGGGAGACGAGGAUGACAGCCUUUCUCCUGAGGCCUGCUACGAGUGCAAGAUCAAUGGAGGAGGAAAGAAUGGGCGACAAAAACGCAACACUGAUGGAAAUGAGCUGAAUCAGGAAUCACAUGUGAGUAUGGCCAGUGUGGACACCCAGGCAUCCAUCCCCAUGAACAUGUCGCUGGGCUCCCUGCUCGACAAAGAGCCCAUCCUGGAGUUUCUCCCCGCCCUGCAGCCCCUAGCGCAUCACGUGCGAUACAUCAUAACCCACGGCAACGCCGAUGAACACUUCCGCAUAUUUGAAAGCCGUGAUGGAAAGAGCGUGCUCAGGCUUGGCAACAGGCCGCCUCUGCCGGGAUCGUACCGGCUAGAGAUCAGCAGUCUGCCGCUGUUUGGGCCACGCAGGCUACAUCAACUAGAGAAGCAGCACGAUAGUGACUACCUACAGGGAGAAAUAGGAGGCGCUCUGCGCAUCAAGCUCCACAUCCACCUGCACUGAGCUCAGAGUGUGCAACUGAGUUUUAACCUUUAACUCAAUAACUUCUCCAGCCAGACGCCUCUCCUCUUAAAGGACCAUCCAACCAGCGGGGCUGUUACAGACUAUCAAAGACUGAGACGAUCGACCCAACUUUACCACCCCUUUGUUAGUCGUCAAGUUAUAGGUUCAUGUUUUGUACGUCUUUUUUUUUCUACGCUGACACCACUCCUGACCCAGCGCUCAUCUUUUAGAUGCAAAGAGGUGUUUUUGUGCUUUGACCGAGGCUUGAUACAGUAAAAGCAGCAGACGUAACGAAUCAUGUAGCACUUGUUACAACAUGUGUGACAUUAUUUAAACUGAAGGUCUGCAUUUGUGUAAAAAAGUGUAACUAUUGUCUAAGAGACCUGGUCCAAGGACAGUUACACCUCUCUGUGAUCUUGUAAUUAACACUGGGGGUAAAGAGCCCCCCCCCCCCCCCCCCCCCAGUAAUGUAGUUUUUCAUUUUAUGUGUUUCUGCUCUCUGAAUAAAAAAAGAUUAACACGAAGGACUGCAACAUUUACACAGCAUUUAAGGUUCUUACGUUCAUAACUCUGUUCUAAUGUAGCUGGAUGCCAUCCAAUCUUCAGAUGAGAGAAUGAGAGAACAGGCUGUACUCUGCUCUGAUGUGGCUGACUUGUGUUUCUGUCCCGCUGGGCAGUGCGAUGCAGGGAUUCGUGUGCUUUGCGUGUGUGUGCUGUCAUGUUUGGUUACCUCAGUACCUCUCGCUGAGUGUGGACACCAUGCUGUGAUGAUGACUCUACAACAAAAGAGGGUGCUAGUGUCCCUCAGCGCCCAUCUCGAGCAGGGAAACACCGUUCAGUAGCUAAAAGACUUGAAAGAAGCUAGAUCAGGUUGAGUUUGUAUUUUUUGUCCUUUAAGGGAUUUUGACGUCAGGUGCACUGAUUCUGGACCUGAGAUCCAGCUUUUUCUUCUCGUGUCAACUGUGAGAGACUUUUAUUUUCUUCUGAUUUUAGUACAAGCUUCAGGAGAACAGAUGUAGCUGAAAUGAAACUGACUUUAUCUGACUUCUUUAGAUCGUUAGCAUGACGUCUGAGGGCCGAGUCUCGUUUACAACGCAGCAGAGAAUCGGUCUCAAAGUUACACAGUGUGUUGAGCUGUAACCUAAACCACUUUGGAAAGGAAGGGCACGCAUUGGUGAACACAAAACCUCACAAAAAAAUAAAUGAAUGAAUGAAUGUCAUGUCAUACUUCAUAACUUGUAAUUAUUUUUCUCUCUAGGAGGAAAAAAGGUGCUACAUGAUGCCAUCGGUUAUGCUGUACAAAGCAAGUGCAGUCUUUAAUCUGGAUUGCAAAAGUGACUUUUUUUUUUGCAAGGUUUUAUUGUUGUGUGCGUCUGUUUUUGUUUUUUUGUCUGAACAACCAAUAUUAUUAAAUUUGCUUCUUGGUAAUUAAAUUGUAUAUUUUAAAAUGAAAUGUAGAUUUUUUUUCUUUCACCAUCAUAACAACACAAAAACAGCAAACAGUAAGAUUGAAGGUGUUGUUGUUGACUUUGUUUUGUACAGGGCAGAAACUUCCCCCAAAAAGUAAACAGUAACAAACAAACCAGACCAUUUGUUCAAAAGGAAAACAUCUGAUUUGUUUUAAACCUACAUUGUCUGUACAAAGCCAAAAAACGUCAGACUUGCAUUCAUACCAUGAUGGGAUCGGUGGUGCUAAAUGAAAAUAAUUCUGUUUAAUCGUUCAGGGUUGCUGCACUGUAACAGCCAACAGUCAAUAACGUUUAUAACCAAUUUCUUACAAAAAACCUUUUUUAUACUUUGUAUCUUUGUCAGUUUGUACUUUUUGUGUGUUAAACAGCGUGUGCUUACUGUAACCCAGCUUCACCACCAAACUUGAAUACUGUCUUCAUCAUCUCUUUGCAGUCUCAGAACCUAAAAGUAUUUUUUACUGUAAGCUGGACACCAGGUCGGAAGAGUUUAACUCAAACAGCUGAUGACAAUCAUCCAGUGGCACCAACAGAACUAAGGAUCAGUAAAGAUAAGCCAUUAUGGAGCAUCAAAAGGCACGCAAAGAUGGAAACCAAAGAUCUGUAACACCAUACGACAGUGUGUAAAAUCAAUGAUUCCUAUAUUGUAUACUUUCAUCCAGUGGCAUUCAUGGCAAUAAAAUAUUAUGGGUUAUAUUUUUAA